CGGGGAAGUCGUACACCAUGAUGGGCUCGGCGGAGCAGCCUGGGCUGAUCCCGCGGCUCUGCUGCUCCCUGUUCGCCCGGACGCUGGAGGAGCAGCGCGAGGGCGAGGUGUUCACCGUGGAGGUCUCCUACCUGGAGAUCUACAACGAGAAGGUCCGCGACCUGCUGGACCCCAAGGGGAGUCGUCAGGCCCUCAAGGUGAGGGAGCACAGUGUGAUGGGCCCCUAUGUGGACGGGCUCUCCCGCCUCGCUGUAGCCUGCUAUAAGGACGUGGAGUCCCUGAUGUCGGAGGGGAACAAGUCGCGCACGGUGGCAGCGACCAACAUGAACGAGGAGAGCAGUCGCUCCCACGGAGUGUUCAACCUCAUCCUCACACACACCCUGACGGACCGCACCACCGGGACUCAGGGGGAGAAGGUGAGCAAGCUCAGCCUGGUGGACCUCGCCGGCAGCGAGCGAGCCGGCAAGACCGGGGCGGCGGGCGAGAGGCUGAAGGAGGGCAGCAACAUCAACAGGUCCCUGAGCACGCUGGGUCUGGUGAUCUCAGCACUGGCCGAGCAGGGAGCCGGAAAGAACAAGAACAAGUUUGUCCCCUACAGAGACUCUGUCCUCACCUGGCUGCUCAAGGACAGCCUGGGCGGCAACAGCCGCACGGCGAUGGUUGCCACGGUGAGCCCGGCGGCGGACAACUACGAGGAGACGCUGUCGACGCUGCGCUACGCCGACCGCGCCAAGAGCAUCGUGAACCACGCCGUGGUCAACGAGGACCCCAACGCCCGCAUCAUCAGGGAGCUCCGGGAGGAAGUGGAGAAGCUCCGCGACCAGCUGACCCAGGCCGAGUCCCUGAAGGCUCCGGAGCUGAAGGACCGCCUCGAGGAGUCUGAGAAGCUGAUCCAGGAGAUGACCGUCACCUGGGAGGACAAGCUGACCAAGACUGAGGCCGUCGCCCUGGAGCGCCAGAGGCAGCUGGAGAGCCUGGGCAUCUCGUUGCAGUCCUCCGGGAUCCGCGUGGUGGAGGACCGCUGCUUCCUGGUCAACCUCAACGCUGACCCCGCCCUCAACGAGCUGCUGGUCUACUACCUCAAGGAGCACACCCGGGUGGGCUCGGCGGACUCCCAGGACAUCCAGCUGUGUGGGAUGGCCAUCCAGGCGGCGCACUGCGUCAUCGACAUCACGGCCCAGAGCGGGGUGGUGCUGACCCCCCACCGCCACGCACGGACGUGUGUGAACGGAGCGGUCCUCUCCGCCCCCCUCCAGCUUCACCAUGGCGACCGCAUCCUCUGGGGCAACAACCACUUCUUCAGGAUCAACCUGCCCAGGAACCUGUCCCAGGUGGGGGCUGAGGGGGAGGGGGAGGAAGAGGGCGUGGCCAACAUGAAGGCGGGCCUGAGCUCUGAUAGGCCGGAGGAGGCGAGCGAUGGGGCGGGAGACAUGAGCUUCGGAUACGAGUUCGCCCAGACGGAGGUCCUGAUGAACACCAUGGGACAGGACGACCCCAUCCACGCGGCGCUGCAGACCCUGGGCCGGCAGUACGAGGAGGAGAAGAGGAGCGCCCUGGAGCGCCAGCGCCUCCUCUACGAGCAGGAGCUGGAGCACCUCCGCAAGCACCUCCCCCCGGAGAGGAGCGGCGCCCUGCUGGAGCCCGGCCCCGCCGCCUCCUGCACCCCCCUCGCCCGCAUGCGGCGCUGGAGCGAGGACAGGGAGGCUAUGAUGAGUCGGGGGCUGCUGCGGCUGCGGGAGCAGAUCGUGCGGACCCAGCUGCUGGUGCAGGAGGCCGGCUUCCUGUCCGAGGAGCUCGGCAAGAAGACCGAGUACCUGGUCACGCUGCAGAUCCCCGCCGCCAACCUGGACGCCAACCGCAAGAGAGACGUGGUGCUGUCGGAGCCGGCGGUGCAGGUGCGCAGGAAGGGGCGGGGCAAGCUGAUCUGGUCCCUGGAGAAGAUGGAGAACCGGCUGCUGGACAUGAAGGACCUGUACCAGGAGUGGAAGGACUGCCAGGAGGACACCAGCGUGACGCGGUCGUACUUCCGGCGGGCGGACCCGUUCUUCGACGAGCAGGAGAACCACAGCCUGGUGGGCGUGGCCAACGUGUUCCUGUCCUGCCUGUUCCACGACGUGCGGCUGCAGUAUGCUGUACCCAUCAUCAACCAGAAGGGGGAGGUGUCGGGCCGGUUACACGUGGAGGUGUGUCGUGGCUCUGAGGACCCCCCCGACCCCCCCCAGACCGACUCUGACGCCCCGGAGCGCACCCUCACCUGCGUGGUGAGGAUCCUGCAGGCCACCGGGCUGCCCCGCCACCUGUCCAACUUCGUGUUCUGCCAGUACCGCUUCUGGGGCCAGGAGCAGCUCCUGUACAUCACCCCCGAGCUGGAGCUGCAGGGGCCCCCCGGGGCCAAGGACCCCCACUGCACCGUGGUGUUCGACAGCACCGAGAGGCUGACGGUGAGCGUGACGGAGGAGCUGGUGGAGUUCCUGGCGGACGGGGCGGUGGCCAUCGAGGUGUACGGCCACAAGCUGCUCCACCACCGCAGGAACCUGGCCCUCUGGGACCUGGAGGUCAUCCAGGCCAAGACGCGCUCGCUCAGAGAGAGGUGGAUGGAGGUGACCCGUCGUCUCCAGCUGUGGGUUCAGGUGAUGGAGCUCAGCGAGGCGGGGGUCUUCAGCCCGGUGGAGGUGCUCCCAGCCCGGGACGUGGCCACAGGGGGGGUCUACCAGCUGCAGCAGGGUCAGUCCCGCCGGGUGUGUGUGGAGGUGCGGGGGGUCCCCGAGUCCGGGACCAUGCCCCUCAUCGCCGCCUCCAUCCACUCCGUCGCCAUCGGAGACGUCCAGGUCCGCAAGACACGCCCCCCCAGAGGCAACCAAUCACAAUGGGAUGAAGAGGAGGAGAUGGACAGCUACCAGGAGAUAGAUCUGGAGAGGAUGCGGGAGCAGUGGUUGGCGACGGUUACUAAGCGACAGGAGUAUCUGGACCAGCACCUCCAGAAGGUGGUCUCCAAACCAGAUAAGUGUGAGGAGGACGUGGAGCGCGAGGCCCAGCUCCUGGAGGGCCGCCUCACGCUGACGGAGGAGAGGAACGCCGUGCUGGUCCCCGCCGAGGGCAGCGGCAUCCCGGGGGCGCCCGCCCAGAGGGUUCCGGUCCCGGGGAUGGAGACCCACGUCCCGGUCCUCUUCCUGGACCUCAGUGCGGAUGACUUCCAGGACAGCCUGUCCCCCAGCCUGGCGGGGGGGCAGGACGCGCUGCUCUCCGGGGAGGACGAGGACGCCUUCUUCGACCUCCACAUCGUCAGGCACCAUGACGACCAGGCGACGGCGGAGGCGUCCUGGGACUCGACGGUCCACGACUGCGCGGCGCUGAGCCGGGCGGGGCCGGCGGACCAGAGGGUGUACCUCACGCUGCGGGCGGUGGUGCAGCUCAGCCACCCGGCCCGCAUGCAGCUGGUGCUGCGCAAACGGCUCUGUGUGGCCGUCAACGGCCGGCAGGGUUUCGCCAAGAGCCUCCUGCGUAGGGUGUCCCAGCGCAGCUCCAUCCCGGGCAGCGGCGUGACCUUUGAGGUCGUGUCCAACAUCCCCGGGGAGAUCCAGGGGCCGGAGGACCGGGAGAUGCUAGCCCGGCUAGCUGCUAGCAUGGACGACAGCCAAUCAGAGGCCAGUGAGGCGGCCAUCGAGAAAUACCUGCGCAGCGUCCUGGCGGUCGAGAACAUCCUCGCCUUGGACCGCCUUCGACAGGAGGUAGCUGUAAAGGAGCAGUUAGCCGUUAAAGGGUCCCCCAGACGCUAUCUCAGCUCCCCCAUCGUCAACCAGCUGUCUGCUAGCUGUCUGGAUCUCUAUGGCUCCACUAACCGCCUCAACAACAUCAAGGGUUGGGAGAGCCACCAGGACCUCUUCUCUGCGUCUCCAAGCUCACGACGGACUCUACCGAGCUCCGCCUCCCAGACCCUGCACCCAAACCCCACACUCCUCCACCCAAAUACAGGCAAGGCGGUUCCCAAGCUGCUCAACUUCCUGGUACCUGAUGAUAGAGAGGAGAUGCCAGCCAAUCAGCAGGCGGUUCCCACCAUCAUGGUCCAGUCCGCCAGUGUGGACGAGUCCCUCGGCCAGACCCCCGCAGUUCCCGCCCCGCACACCCUCCCACCGGAGGACCAACCGGAGGCUCCCUCCGUGUCCAGGCCACUCCCGCCCCCCGUCGUCCCGGAGACGAAGGACUCAGCCCACAGCCCCCUCAGCCAAUCCUCCAGCGGCUACGCAUCCACCAGCAUCUCCACGGCGACGCUGUCGGACGUCUACACGCUGAGCUGGGACCUCCCCCCGUUGCUAGGCAACGAGGCCGAGCACCCGGAGGACCUGCCCACCUCCUCCUCCCCCUCCAAAGCCUUCCUUCAGUCCCUCCGACCGCCCGACCAAUCGGAGCCCGGCUCAGACGAACAGGAAGUGAGUGAGGCGACGGAGCCAUUCGGUGGAGAUCAGGUGACAUCAUCUGGUCUUCUGGAACCGCAGGUUCUGACAGAACCACCAGAGCAGGGGGUCAACCAAUCAGGACCCUUAGACCAGGAGGACAACCAAUCAGGAUCCUCAGAGCAGGAGGACAACCAAUCAGAACCCUCAGACCAGGAGGACAACCAAUCAGAACCCUCAGACCAGGAGGACAACCAAUCAGGACCCUCAGACCAGGAGGACAACCAAUCAGGAUCCUCAGACCAGGAGGACAACCAAUCAGGAUCCUCAGACCAGGAGGUCAACCAAUCACAACCCUCAAAGCAGGGGGUCAACCAAUCAGGAUCCUCAGAGCAGGGGGACAACCAAUCAGGAUCCUCAGACCAGGAGGACAACCAAUCAGGAUCCUCAGAGCAGGGGGACGACCAAUCAGAAGCCCCGGUCCUGGAGAACAACCAAUCAGAAGCCCCGGUCAUUGAGAACAACCAAUCAGAAGCCCCGGUCCUGGAGAACACCCAAUCAGAAGCCCCGGUCCUGGAGAACACCCAAUCAGAAGCCCCGGUCCUGGAGAACACCCAAUCAGAAACCCCGGUCCUGGAGAACACCCAAUCAGAAGCCCCGGUCCUUGAGAACAACCAAUCAGAAGUCCCGUUCCUUGAGAACACCCAAUCGGAAGCCCCGGUCCUUGAGAACAACCAAUCAGAAGCGUCCUCAGCAGAACGAUUGAUGCAGGCAGAAUCUGCCUCCUUCUCCACCUCCUCCUCUUCACCUCCUCCUGAAGACCUGGACCCAGUACCAGCUCUGGACCAGGUGGACCCAGUACCAGCUCUGGACCAGGUGGACCCAGAACCAGCUCUGGACCAGGUGGACCCGGACCCAGCUCUGGACCAGGUGGACCCAGUACCAGCUCUGGACCAGGUGGACCCAGAACCAGCUCUGGACCAGGUGGACCCAGUACCAGCUCUGGACCAGGUGGACCCAGAACCAGCUCUGGACCAGGUGGACCCAGAACCAGCUCCGCCCCUGGUGGACCUGGGGGAGGGGCUUCAGGAACCUCAGGACCCAACAAUGACCCGGACCCCAUCGGAACCAGACGAGCAGGAACCAACAGAACCAGUAGAGAGUUACUCUGGUCCCAUCCCCGUCCUGACCUUUACCCCGGCGCUGGACCAGGACCAGGACCCUGUAGACCCUGAAGAACCAGCCCCGCCCUCUCAGACCACUGUCCCUGGUCCUCAGACCCAGGCCUCUGGUCCUAGUCCCAACACCCAGACCCCUGGUCCUGGUCCUGGUCCCCAGACCCCGGCUCCUGGUCCCCCCCAGACCCCUGCCCCUGGUCCCAAGACCCAGACCCAGACCCCUUCCCCUGGUCCCAAGACCCAGAUCCCUUCCCCUGGUCCCAAGACCCCUGGUCCUGGUCCUGCUCCUGGUCUCCUCGUGGCCCAGACGGGGGCCCCUGUCCCGGGGCCCGUCGGGGCCACCAGCCCCUUUAAGAUCCAGAAGGUCCAGAAGCUGAAGUCCUCCGACCUCAAGUCCUUCCAGCCGGUCCUCAAGGAGGAGGAGCUCAGCCCGGGGGCGGGGCUUACCCUCCCCGAGCCAAUGGAGAGGCUGGAAAUAAUCUCAGACUCUGAGGACGCAGGCGGGACCAGAAGCGCCACGCCGGUCCCUGAUUGGCUGAAGGAAGGGGAGUAUGUGGCAGUGGGGACCAAUAAGACGGGGACGGUCCGCUACGUGGGCCCGACGGACUUCGCCGAGGGGGUCUGGAUCGGGGUGGAGCUGGAGGUCCCCGCAGGGAAGAACGACGGCUCCGUUGCCGGGCGGCGCUACUUCCUCUGUAACCACGGUUACGGCAUGCUGGUGCGGCCCGACCGGGUCACCCGGGUCAAACGGCGCCGCCAACAGCGCCGCGGCGCCAACCUAUCGGGAUCCAGCCCCAACCUGGCUGCUCUCACCGCAUUGGCUAAAGGAGAAGGGGGCGGGGCCAGCCGCAGCAAAGGGGAAAACCGCAAGUCGUGGAACAACUGAUCAUGUGAUCUCCUCCUCCUCCUGCUGCUGGAGAGGAGGAGGAGGAGGAGGAGGAAGAGCGGACCUGCUCUUCUGUUCUCCUCUUCUCAUCUCUCUGCUCCGCUAUAUCUCCUCUCUCCCUGACUCCUCCUC